UUACUAGAUAAUGGAUCGGUGCAUUAUAACGAUGGUUGUCCUCAUUUCUACGAUAAUCAGAGGCGGUCACAUGCUGGUCUUUGAAUGUUAUCCCGACAUGACGAUAAAGGUUGAGAACCCUAGUAACUUUACGUCCGUGUUUGCCAAUAACAGCGUCACACUAUGCACGACAAGAUGGACUGAGGGGAAUACACAUGUCUUUAUUGACGACUGUGAUAUGGAUGAUGAUAUACUACUGUUCUUCAGCAACUUAGAACCUGACUUUAAUCACGUGAUCGGAGGUACGGAGACCGGAAAUGCCACUUACAUCAUUAAUUGUAAACAAAUUCCUUUGACUGGACAAAUGCACGUGGUUCAUGCAGCAGCGGAAGUGAGUCUUGGGGAGAAAAACACCUCGGAGUAUCACACCAUUAAUGUUGACUCGAAUCUGUAUUCUGGCAUUAUUAACAAAACAGUGGUGCGAGAGGCAUAUCUCGGAACACCUCUGUUUUGGAUUAUUGAAAUGAAAAUGGCGGGUUUCGACUUGCGACCUGAGGAAUGUUGGGCAUAUGCCGGCAAGGGUGUCCAUGAUAAAGUACCAAGAAGACUUCUUAUCACGGAAGGAUGUACUCAUAACGACGAGUUGGUGGAGGAUUUUAUGAACAUAUCUUCAUCUAAAGAAAGCAUGAUCAUGGCGAUUUUCUACUCUUUCCAGUUCAUUAGUUCUGACUACGUUACCUUGAAUUGUAAAAUUCUAAUCUGCGCGAGACCGUCAUCUGCUUGUGACAUCGAUUGUAGCAAUAAAAGAAGACGUCGGCAUUCUACUCAGGAUAACUGGGAUCAAGCAGACGACAAUAAGGGAGGCAACUCUUAUAGAAUUAUAAAUUCUCAAAUCAGAGUGACAAACUCAAGCGCGAUAACUUUUGGAUCAGCAAAUAUUUGGUCAGUGUUUGCAUGGCUGGUGCUGAGAAUUCUAUAAAAAAACACCAAAAAAAAACAUGAAUUACCGGAAACUUCUAACGACUGUUCUGCGCAUGUGCAUGCAGAGUCAAAUCUCAAUAUGUAAUUUAAAUUCUGACAUGAAGAUAUGCUUUGAAUAAGUGUGUUAAGUUUGUAGUUUUCAACGGAAUAUUUUC